AUGGACCCUCUAGCGGGGUUGGAAGAGAGCGAGAGCGAGGAGGACGAGGAGGAAGGAGACGAGGAGGAGGAGGAGGAGGAUGAUGAGAAGGAGGAGGAGGCGGAGGAGGAGAAAGGAGGGAAAGAGAAGGCUACGAGCGGAGGCGGAGAGGAAACGGGACAGCGCAAGGGCGGAGCGGUGGACUACGCGGCGCUGGUGCGGCACGGGCUGGUGGGCGGCCCGUCUGUGCUGCUGCUGCCCGACCAGCAGCCCAGCGCCGCCGUGGACUGGGGCAAGUGGGGCUGCGGGCAAGGGCGCGAGGGGCACGCGCAGGGGCAGGGGCGGGGGAGUGAGGCGGAGGGGGAUGGGGAGGAGGAGAGGGAGAAGCGGAAGAGGGCGCGGGAGGAGAGCCGGCAGCUGCAGGAGCUGGCGAGUGAUGCUGGUGCUGAGGUAGGCAGGGAUGCUGGGAUGCCAGGGGGAUGUUGGCACCGCGUCACACCACUCACCACCGUUCUCCAUGGUAAUAAGAGCCAGGCGUUGUUCUGGUUGUCCAACAUUGCCCCCCAUCGCCCUCUCCCCCUCCCUCUCACCACAUGCCCCUCUUCACACCCUGCCCCCACCACGUGCCCCUCCCCAUGCCUCCGCCCGUGUGCCUGUUACCCGUGUGCCUGGUGGUGCUCACAGGCGGCAGCAGCGAGGGCGUUGGCGCACGGGGCAGCGGCGAGGCAGCUGAGGGCGGACCUGGCAGCGGAGCACAGAGAGCGCCACUGGCAGCGCCGCCAAGCAGGAGGCGAGCGAGGGAGGGGCGCGGCUGCUGCGAUGAGCUUCAGCCAGCGCGAGAAGAGGAAGCGCGAUGCGGGGCAGGCGAGCCGAGGGAAGAACUACGUGGAGGAGGAGAAGCGGCAGCUCAGGGACCAGGGCGUCUACUCUGGCUUCGAUGCUUAG